AUAUAAUAUUACAGGUCUUGCUAACGUUAAAACCAUGAAUAACCUAUUAUGUUCCGCUGUGUUGAUUUCAGUUAUACUUAUUCUUACAGACGCCGGUUGUUUAACGUAUCCUAAUAUAACAGACGCAAAUUUUGAUAAAGAUUGCAAUGGAAAUGUAGUCAUUACAUGUUAUGAAGGUUUCAAGAUGGUACAAGAGCUGGAAUGUGUUGAGGAAGAAUGGAAAUAUCAAAACCCAAUAUGUAAACGCACAGAAUGUCGAUACAAGUUUACAAACGUAACAGGUUUACGGCCUUAUUCCCACAAAGGAAGUUUAGUAUCUGAUUCAGCGGAAUGUGAUGAAAACUGUGCUAAAGAUACCAGAUGUUCCACUUCUGCCAUGACUGGGGGUACAUUAUGUGGAAGUUACGAAACACCAAUCAUCUUUGUGUCGUUUGAUGGAAAUGAAGACAGAUGUAUUGAAAAGUGCAACGAGAUGAGUGAAUGUAAAACGAUUGGCACUGAAAUGGAUUUUUUCUGUGUAUUAUUUAACGUUACCUUGGACAAGAUUCCAGUUAUUAUGAAACAAACUUACAGUAGCGAUCAUAUCGUUGCAGAAAAAAUCUGCGAAUAAUAAAAUAAACAUGUUUAUCAUGGUA